AUGCUCCAUUUUCAAAACCGAACCAACGGCUCCAUGAACGGUUCUAACAGAAACGCAACUUCACCAUUACCAUGUACCGUUUCCAUCUCUCCCUUCUCCGUCAACCGCCGCCGCCUCUCAACCUCAACACUUUUCGUCGAGCGGAGCCGCCCAGUCUCAUCGGAGAGGCCUAUGGCUUGGAUUUCCCUUCAGGGACGGCUUGUCAAUGGCGAUGAAGCUAGCUCGGCUCGAACCAUUGGCGGUGGCCUAACGGAUGAAUUAGCAUUCGCUUGGAAUCUCUUCCCUCCCAUUCAUCGGUUUCUCAUUGUUGCUGUUAUAGGUGCCGCUGCUUCGACUGCUAGGUCGCAGAAAAAUCAAGAGAUAUUGAACCUUAAGAAGUCCGUUGAGCUUAGGGACCAGGUGUUAUCGAGCAUGCAGGAGAAGCUUGACGAUCUAUGCGAGCAGCUUAACAGUUCUAAAGAGAACACAGUUGUUGCCAUCAACGAGUUAUCCAAUAAGGAUGGAGAAUUGCAAUUGGAAGAAACAUUUGGCUCCCAGAGAAUUAAGUUUGUUGAUUGUGGUUGUUGGCAUUGUGAAGAACAUUCUUCCUUGUAUAAUGGAUUGAUGCAGGAUGCCAAUAGUAGAAAAGCUUCCAGUGGAAAUGAGGUGCUCCAAUAUAAGUCACCCUUCUCUAAUGAAGAACAAGAGGAGAGAAGAAUGUCUGACUGGUCAGAUUUGGCUUCAAGUGUUACAUCUGCUGCUGAUAUCCAGUUAAACAACUUGGCUAUAGAACAAGAUAUUUAUAAUCUUAAGAGAGACUGUGAAGAGAAGGAGACGACAAUAAAUGAGCUAACCACUCAGCUGAACUCUUCUGAGAUUGCUAAUAGCAAGCGGGUUGCUGAAUUAGAAGAUGUUAUAAAGAGAAAGAACACAACAAUUUCAAAACUAAAGAAGGAUAUGGGUGUUCUAGAACAAAAGGUUAUGCAGCUUACAAGGCUUCGUCGACCAUCCUUCUCUGCAAAUAUUUUAAAUGAAAUUCAGCUGCCACAAAUGAGAGAUAACCUCAUUUAUGAUAUGGACAGCACUACUAGCCCCUCAUCUUCUUCGGAUUCUGAUAGUUCUCCUGUCAACAACACACAAAAUCUUCCUGCUGAUGUUUUUGCACCAAACCAAAACUCUGAUUCUACAAUUGAUCGUACAUCUACACCGGCAAAAAUUGUAAAUUCAUCAGGGACACUCAUUGAACCUCGCUCACAAUCUCGAUAUGCCAGUCCUCUUCAAGAAGUUCCAAUUUAUCAUAAAUCCAACGCAGCUUCUUCUUCUUCAAGCCAAAAGCAAUUGUCACCUCGUAAGGACUUAAAAAAGAGUAGAAGACGAUCUCUCACAGGAGCUAAGACUGCGGGUGCACAUAAGAGAUGGGUUUAA